AUGUCAAAAAAGCCUCUAGAGAAACAGCCACUGAUAUCAAAGUAUAAUAAGCAUGUACGUGAUAUCAUCAUUAUAUACAUUCUCACUUUUAUGAUUAUAUUGGGUUCUGCAUCUUGUGCAAUGACUAUAUUUCUCAAUCUAUUACCAAGUGUAUGUACAGAGCAAAUCGCAACAGGUAAAGAGUUUCUACCGACAAAGUGUACGGUUAUCAAUCAUUAUGUGGUGGAACAGAAACACGUCGAUGCAGAUACAUGUUUAGUUUUGAAUCACAAGAUAUGGUGGUAUCCUCUGCUGGGACAGAAUGCAUUCUAUCAUAACGUCGUCGAGAAUGGCAAUUACACAAACGACUCUGGCUCGAAUGUUAUUCCUCUUUUAGAGCUAUUGUUAUCAGACACGAGUGGCAGUAUAGAUAAUAGCAGUAGUAGUUACUCUGGUACCUAUAGCGGUUUUAUGAGUGGAAGCUACAGCUACAGCAGCGAGAGUAGCGCUAGCAGCAGCAGCAGUGAAGGUCAUCCCGACAGCAGCAGUAGCACAGUCUCUAAUAUCACAGGAAUCAAUUGUUUUCAAGGAUUGUUUGAAGUUACCUACUCAAUAGGUAAUCAGACUACAAUGUCAACCAAUAUCAGUGGUACUUGGAAUAGUGAGAGAGAAUGGGUUAAAGGUUAUCUAAAUGCAUUCCCUAUUUCAGAUCAUUCAAAGUGUUUCUAUCAAGAUGGAACGGAAUUGAAUGCCAAUUGGUUUAGUGCACCCAAGUUUACAAUCUCAUCAGUUGUUUUAAUAUCGAUUUCAUUUUUAUUCAUUGUUGUUUCAUUUGCGCUCGAUGUUCAUUUCAUUAGGAAACACAGACUCUACGUACAAAAGAAAAAGAUGAUAGAACAACAACAAAUUCAACAGCAAUCACAUCACUCCUCAUACAAUGUUAUAUCAAGUCCUAUUAUUGUUUAA